AAAAACCACCUCUUCAACGCAAUCACUCUCUCCGUGUAGGGUUUUUGCCUGCCAGUCACGCUACAGGGCUGAUAAAUAUGCCAAAUAUCUCGUCGCACUUUGACUUAGUUCUCUCAACAUUUUAAUGUCAUUUUUUCCCAUCUUGACCGCGUCCUCGUUGGGAAAACUGGGGUCAGCUUUCCAGAGGGCCCCUGUCUCCGUCAUUACAAGACAUGCAAAACGGUAGUCCGAACGGAACUUCACUCCAAAAUGAAAGCGUGACCCCCGAAAUCGACGCCCUACCGUCCGAUUUCCUUCCCACAGAUCUCCCGACACCUUCUGUUUCCCACACCUUGAAUUCUGCUGUGCUCGAAACCGAAGAUGACGGGCCUGUUGUCGACCAUCCAGACGGACCUCCAUCGAAGAGACGAAAGCUCGCUGGCUUUACCCCGUCACGUCGCCCGUCCUCCCGUCCAGCGUCGCCACCGUGGAGAAAGGCCGGCCAUGACGGACCGACUUCCUUCAUUCAGGAUGGUAGACGCAAGUCAUCACGAGUCAACGCGCUUCCCAUCGAGCUACAGAGUCCGUCUGACCAAAGACAUACGCGUGCGGCCCAAAAUAAGUUUGUGAGCAAGAAUACACCCAGUAGCUCAAAACGUGUCGCGUCUUCCCCGAAUCCCACUCCGACAAAGCCGGCGAGGAAUGGAAAGUCUCUAGCUGCUAGCGCCGUGAUUAAUGGCUCUACUCGGACUACUACAGCGAGGAGGUCUACAGGGAGACAAAGCUUAGCAUCGCAAUCGCCAGCACCCAAGCAAUAUCACAAGCGCACGAGAUCGCACAGCGCUAGUACGUUGCGUCGUGUUUCUCAGGGUGCCGUCAACGGUCCCAGUCGACACAAUCUAUCCUCCUUGAACGCGAACACUUCCGUGUCUCUGGAUGACGAGGGUAACUUAGAACGAGAGCCUGAAGAUGGCGGCUAUAAAGAUUUCGAUGAUGAUUCCGACCAGCCAGUUCCGCGCCUGCGGAUCAAAGUCAAGCGACCGAUGAUGGAAAUCCAGCACCCGUCCCACAUCCUGCCGCCACGAAAAUUCAGCUCAUUUAAAGAAUGGCUGGACAGCGAUGAGAGUAGAAUAAGAGAUCCCGCGCUUCUUACACCGUCCGACGCGCUUGAAGAGUCUCUUAAGAGACGCCGGAUCGCAAUCGCGGCGCAGCCGGGAGGUCUUCUGAGCCCUGAAAUCUGUUCUGCAUUUUUACCGGAGCAGCAGGAGGAACCUACACAGCAAUAUUCCCAUCAAGACCACCUUGUCGCACAUGUGUCCUACUUCAAAAAGCUCCUCGAUCAGGAGCAUAGGCGCCAUCGCAACACGGCAAGACUCUUUGCUCAAUGGUGUGCUGACGCUUGGAGGAAGCGCAACAAGGAUCCAGAAGAUAUUCUUCGGGAACAACAGGAAGAGAUGCGCGGAAGACGUAAGCAGCUGUCAAGGGAUCUUCAGAAAAUGUUUGAUCUAGUGCGAGCCGAGGUGGAUAGGAUUCGUUUGGCACGCUGGGAGGAAGAGCGUAAAGCCGAAGAUCAACAAGCGUUGGAUCGUGCGAUCAAACAGUCCACAAUGCUCUUUGAGAAACGACGCAUGGAAAUUCUCGGUGAAGCCGGGAGUGACGCAUUAUAUUCAAGCGACGGAGAGCAACCUGGGUCAGAUGAUCUUUCAGACGGAGAUGACGAGGACAAUAUGUCCUCCUCAGACUCUGAGAGCGAGGGUGACAAUGAUGUUGAUGACGAUGAAGACUUAACAGCCGAGGAGUUACGGUUGAAAUACGCCAACCUUCCAGAAGCUAAUGCCGUUUUCGAUCACGAUUCUGUGAUCGCUGACAAGCCAGCUUAUAAUAGGGGUGGUAUCUCAGAUACUAAUCAUGUGUUGGAUGGGGUCGAGAGGUCAAUAAAUCCACCCAUAGAAGCCCACUUCGAUCAGUAUAUUGAGCUCGAAGAAGUUGACUCAGUGCUUAUGGACGACAGCGAAGACGAGUCCACUGACAUGGAUGAUGAUGACGACAUGAGCAGCAGCGUCGAGGGGGGCGAUUACGACGAGGCGGAGUCGGACGCGGAGACUAGCAACGGGCCUGGAUUGUUGGGAUUUUUUUCGGAUAAGGAUAUUUCCUUGGACCAGGAAAGUAUUGUCGAGGAAAUUGCGAGUGACUAUGCUAUAGAAGCCGAUACAAAGGUGAUAUUGGCUGGGGAGGAAGAAGAAGAAGAAGAAGAAGAAGAAGAAGAGGACGAGGAGGAGGAAGAAGAGUCAGAAGAUCCUGACGAAGUCUCUCUCGUACCAAAUUGGCCAUCAAAGGAUUCCUUCCCAUCAUCUGAAAAUUCCCAAACUUCAGUUGCUCCUGGUUUGUCCUCACGGCCCGCUUUCAUUCCCGAGUCCGCUUCUGGUGAGAAUACGACGCAAGACCUCGAGAUGACGGACGCUGUUACUCUCGAAACCGAGGAUCAUCAGAACGUCCCGGGGUAUCAAACUCAACCUCAUCGCACGCAAGACCAUGACCACGUUGAACAGAUUAGUUUCCCUAGCAAGGAGGCAUCUAGUGAAGCAUCUCCGGGUACAAUUGCCACGAAGCCUUCUGAACCAGAAUCCGUUUCGUCUUACGAAACUCCGGAACAGCAGCUUCAGGCCAGUGAGUUCUUAGCUCCUGGUUUGAAGACCCCUGUGCCACAUCUUCUUAGAGGGACUCUACGAGAGUAUCAACAUUUUGGUCUAGACUGGCUGGCUGGCCUCUAUGCCAACCACAUCAAUGGAAUACUUGCAGAUGAGAUGGGUCUUGGGAAAACAAUUCAAACUAUAGCUCUACUGGCCCAUUUAGCCGUUGAGCAUGAAGUCUGGGGCCCUCAUCUGGUGGUUGUCCCCACUAGUGUCAUUCUCAAUUGGGAGAUGGAGUUUAAGAAAUGGUGUCCUGGAUUCAAGAUCAUGACAUACUACGGGAGCCAAGAAGAACGUCGGCAAAAGCGCAAGGGCUGGAUGGACGACACGAGUUGGAAUGUCUUGAUUACCUCUUAUCAACUUGUCUUACAAGACCAACAGGUCUUGAAAAGGCGAAGCUGGCACUAUAUGAUUCUCGACGAAGCUCAUAACAUCAAAAAUUUUCGAUCGCAGAGAUGGCAAGCACUGCUUACGUUCAGGACGCGUGCUCGGCUAUUGCUUACCGGAACACCACUCCAGAACAAUCUGACCGAACUAUGGUCCUUGCUUUUCUUUUUGAUGCCUUCAGACAGCGAUGAGGAGGGCAUGGAAGCAUUUGCAGACUUGAGGAAUUUUUCCGAGUGGUUCCGACGCCCAGUCGAGCAGAUUUUGGAGCAUGGGCGAGAAACCAUGGAUGACGAAGCAAAACAGGUUGUCACCAAACUUCACACGGUUUUGCGACCCUACAUCUUGCGUCGCCUCAAGGCCGAUGUCGAGAAGCAAAUGCCAGCCAAAUACGAACAUGUUGUUUACUGCAGACUCUCCAAGCGUCAACGUUAUCUGUAUGAUGGUUUUAUGUCAAGGGCGCAGACUAAGGAGACUCUUGCGUCUGGCAAUUACCUCUCGAUCAUCAAUUGCCUCAUGCAACUACGCAAAGUUUGCAACCACCCUGAUCUCUUCGAGACGCGGCCUAUUUCAACUUCGUUUGCUAUGUCGCGUUCUGUAGUCACUGAAUACGAGAUCAAGGAUCUUCUUGUUCGUCGGCGUUUGCUGUAUGAACAUCCACUCACAAAACUUGACCUUGAUUUUCUCAAUCUGGUCCCCAUAUCCCGCGAAGAUAUUUCCCGCAGGUUGGCGGACGACAGCACUAGGCUCAUGGCCUACGGCCCUUUUAACAAGCUGCGAGAACAGCAGUAUCAUCGCACUAACUGGCAGAUGGUUUUCAACGGCUCAAGUGUUCAGUCUGCCUUGGAUGCUUUAGAGAAUGAGUCUAGAAAGAGGAGGAUGGCAGAAUUGGAGCGUUGCCUCUAUUUCGAAUCUAAGCGGCACGGUCGCCGCCCAGUUUACGGGUCGAGUCUUAUCGAGUUUCUCACGGCGGACAGCAAGCAGCGGCCAACCACUAAUGGACCCUUGCGAAAGCGCCCCCUGGCUAAUUGGUUGUCAAGCCGCUCAUCCGUCCUCGCAUCGAUGAUAUUGUCGAUUGAAGAACGUUCCCAAGUGAUGGAUGGCUACAUACAGCGGUUUGCUUGUGUGACUCCCGCAGCAGUUGCCUCCGGGGUCACCGCGGCAGCUUUAACUCCCAUCGAAACUCGGCACUUCACCAAAGAAGAACGAUUCCCGUCCUAUGAUCCCUUUCAUGAGGCACAGAUGCGGUUAUCGAUCGCCUUCCCUGACAAGAGACUUUUGCAAUACGACUGUGGUAAAUUACAGCGACUCGACAAGCUGCUUCGAGACCUUAAAGCGGGUGGACACCGGGCAUUGAUCUUCACGCAGAUGACCAAGAUGCUCGAUAUCCUGGAACAGUUUCUCAAUAUCCACGGUCACCGCUAUCUAAGACUCGACGGAACGACCAAAGUUGAGCAGCGUCAGAUCCUCACCGAUCGGUUCAAUAACGACAACCGCAUUCUGGCAUUCAUCUUGUCCAGCCGCUCUGGUGGCCUGGGAAUCAACCUGACUGGCGCCGACACCGUAAUUUUCUAUGAUUUGGACUGGAAUCCGGCGAUGGAUAAGCAGUGUCAAGAUCGUUGUCAUCGUAUUGGACAAACUCGUGAUGUUCAUAUAUACCGGUUUGUCUCGGAAUACACGAUUGAGUCCAACAUUCUCCGCAAAGCCAAUCAGAAGCGGAUGUUAGAUGACGUCGUCAUUCAAGAGGGGGAGUUCACCACUGACUACUUCACCAAAUUGGAUGUUCGCGACAUGAUUAGCAGCGAGGAUGUGCUUGAGAAUCAGGAUGAGGCCAGCGCGGCCAUGGACCGGGUGCUCGAAAAUCGGGUGUCCGGCAGUGCUCGGGUCUUCGAACAAGCCGAAGAUAAGGAAGAUAUCGACGCGGCCAAGAACGCUCAGAAGGAGUUGGAGCACGCUGAUGAUGGCGACUUCGACGAUCGGACUCCCAGCCAGACGCAGGCCGGGACACCGGUCGCGACUGCAGGGCUUCCCAUUGGAUCCGAUCGAGACCGUGCAGCUUCAGACACUCCUGGACCGCAACUCCUGGCUUCGCCUCAGAUUCACACCGUCGACGAUCCUGGAGAUGUCGAUGCCGAGCCCGGGCAUGUUGAUGACUAUCUGCUUCGAUUUAUGGAGUGGUACAUGAAGGACCAGCCGCUUGUUCUACCCGCAGACAAGAGCAAGUCAAAGUCUAAGAAAGGGAAAGAACACCGUCUUCGCAAGCGACGUCGUUGACCUGUAGGCCUAUCAUGGUUACAAAUGUGUACGCGUAUCUGAUAUUUCAUAACUCCUACCUUCUAUAUGCAUGUUUCAGAGCAUAGCACAUACGUAUUGAUUGGGGGUGUGUAUCUCCAAAGUUUUGUUCAUCCCUACAUUUUCUCUUUGUUUUCUGUUUUUUUUUUUUUUUUUUUU